UUCAAAAAUUAAAUCAUUGUUGUUCCAUUACCCGCCGCGUCGAACGCACAAUUAAAAACUAAUGACAGAGUGAUUACCGCGAAAAUGAAGUGCCUUUACAUACUCGUGGCUUCAGCGGCCCUGGUUCACGGUUACGCCAUCAAGGAUAAUGAAAUUGAAACGACCCGGUUGAAAACAAGUGACGAUCUUCUGGACAGUGUGAUCAGUGAUUGUUUCGAAGCCGAAUCUCCGAUGUCCUGUCUCAAAGUGAAAGUUCUCUCUUUCCUCGAUACAAAACUGGGAUUCAGCAGCGAAUCGGCGCGGGCUCUCGACGAUAAAAACAUCGAUAAAGUCAUCUUCGACAGGGUCGGAAGAAUCUUGAACAGCAACGAGUUCAGAUUCCAAUUGCCCGAGUUUCUUUUCCAGAGCGCAGAAGUCACCUAUCGAGCUGAUAGAGGAUUGGAUGUUGAGUUUCCCGAUGAAAAAUCAGGAAACGGCGAAGCUCGAGGCCUCUUGAAGAAGAAGCUGCUGUUGCCAGUACUCCUUCUAUUGAAGCUCAAGCUGAAGGCUCUAAUGCCCAUCCUGGUCACCAUCGUCGGCAUCAAAGCGGUUAAGGCGCUCAUUCUUAGUAAACUGGCUAUCACUUUAGUCCUUGGCUUCCUCAUCUACAACCUGCUGAUGAAGAAAGGAGGCAUGCCAAUGAUGAUGAUGACUCCAACAGAAGCGCCCCCUGCGCCUCAAUACGGACCCCCAGCUGCACAAUACGGACCCCCUUCAACUCCAGCAGCCCCUCAGGAUUCUUACAACCCUCAAUGGGAGCCGUCCAGCUCUGGACCGUACUCACGAGUCUGGGACCCAUCACAACUUGCUUACAGCUCGUACUAUCCUGGUGAUUCAAAUGCCUCUGCUUCGUCCAACCAAUCACCGAGUUACUCCAGCGUAGCGUCGAUUUCUUCAUCAUCAUCAUCGUCUUCAUCACCCACCUACUGAACUAAAUCUACCUCUACAUAACACGAAAUGUACAUAGUGAUCGCACUCAAUCGUGCUAGUGCUUAGAAACUAGUUAUUUAUUGUCAGUAUUUAUUGAUUAUUAUUUAUUGUACACAAUAAAACGGACUGUUGU